ACCCUCAGUGGCAAACUGAUCUUCCAGCAAACAAGUGUAGAUUUUGUUUUCGCUUCGCUGUGUUUCUGUAUACCCGCUUAUUGUUUAUCUGCUCGUUCGCGCGCAGCUGUGUGUAUAUACAUACAUAUAUAUGUCAUAAAUACAUACAUAUAUCAUCACAUUAAUUCGAAGAUCUUAGUUUUAUUAUAAAUUCGGAAGCAAUGCUCCGCCGGCAUCAUUGUGUAUUUUUCAUUUAUUUAAUGAUUAUUAACACAUCAGCAUUAGAACGUUAUGAACCGAAUUGGGAUAGUCUCGAUAAGCGUCCAUUGCCCAGCUGGUAUGAUGAGGCAAAAAUUGGCAUUUUCAUACAUUGGGGUGUAUAUUCAGUGCCCAGCUUUGGUUCCGAAUGGUUUUGGACCGACUGGAUAAAUUUACGAUAUCCCAAUUAUUUAAGCUUUAUGAAAAACAAUUACAAGCCAAACUUCUCUUAUCAAGAAUUUGCUCACGAAUUCACAGCUGAAUUAUUCAACGCUACAAAAUGGGCUCUUCUUUUUCGCGACAGUGGAGCGAAAUAUCAGAAAGAAAAUAAUGAUAAGGUUUUGUAUUAGCCAAAAAUUUUGAAU